AUGCCUGCGAGGAAUAGUUACAACCUGGUGGACGAUCUGGCGGACUCCAGGAUCCCACUGCACAACGAGGAGGCUUAUCAACAUGGGAUACACUUCCAAGCCAAGUAUGUGGGGAGUCUGGACGUGCCCAGGCCCAACAGCAGAAUGGAAAUUGUGGCAGCCAUGAGGAGGAUAAGGUAUGAAUUCAAGGCGAAGAAUAUCAAAAAGAAGAAAGUCAGCAUCAUUGUGUCCGUCGACGGCGUCAAAGUGGUCCUGAGGAAGAAACAAAAAAGGAAAGAAUGGGCGUGGGACGAGAGCAAGAUGCAGGUCAUGCAUGAUCCGAUUUACAGAAUCUUCUAUGUGUCUCACGACUCUCAGGACCUUAAGAUCUUCAGCUACAUCGCAAGAGACAGCUCCAACAAUUCUUUUAGAUGUAACGUUUUCAAAUCAAAGAAAAAGACCCAGGCCAUGCGCAUAGUAAGAACUGUGGGCCAGGCCUUCGAGGUGUGUCAUAAGAUCAGCCUCCAGCACAUCGAGCAGGACGCCGAGGACCAACCGGAGGACGGGCAGGGUGAAACAGAAGGCCGAGAGCUGACAGUAGACCAGAGCCAAACGGAGGAGGAGGAGGAGGAGGGGAAGAGCCCGGGAAGACCAGACCAGGGCCCCGUGAACGAGAUCCUGCAGAGUCUGGCGGAACUCAGCGUGGUCAGACCCGGACAGACCAUAAUAGACUUCGAGCAUGGGUCCGUGUUCACCGUGACGUCUCAGGGCGUAUCUCCCAGCAGCCCUUGCUCCCCGGCGCUCACUCCUCUGGCCUCACAACAUUAUCUGCAGCUCAUUCAGCAGCAGCUUCAGCAGCAGCAGCAGCACACACAAGUGGCUGUGGCGCAGGUGCAGCUGUUGAAGGAUCAGAUGGCGGCAGAGACGGCGGCGCGACUGGAGGCUGAGGCCCGAGUCCAUCAGUUACUUCUGCAGAACCGAGACCUGCUGCAGCACAUCACGGUCCUGGUGCAGCAGCUGAAGGACCUGGAGUCACAGUCGCCCUCCACGCCCCUCACCCCCCCACAGCGCGAUGAUCCACUGUCCAUCGCGUCAUCCAUCAAACCAUUGAGUCUGAACCUGAAGAAUAAUUUCAACGGCGAGUCCUACCUGAACCUCCUGAACCUGCGAAGCGGCACUAACCCAGAGACCACCACCGGCUCCACAGAAAGUACAGAGACCAGUCGUGAGAUCGUGCCGUACUCCAGGAACUCCACCAGCACGGAGGAAAAGUGUCCGAUCCCCAAACUGGACCCCCCUCCGUCUCGUAAGCGCGCCAGCCGGACCCUGUCUCCGGGCGCCGUCUCCGCUGGUGCCGCUCUGCCCCUGGAGCUGAGCGAGGAGGCGCCGAGUCGCAGCAGCAGCCUCUCCUUCCCGGACGUCACCCCCAGCCCCCUGUCAUCCGGGGACUUCACCUCCUUCAGCAACGGAGAGACCAGCUCGGCCAGCGACGACUCCGGAGUGCGCUCGGAAACCAAGUCGCUGUUCUCCCCGCUGUGCGACGACGAAGACGGCGGCGGCGGCAUGUUUGGAGAGAGCGCAACUUUUGUGAGCGCCACCAGCAGAUGCGAGAGUCCUGAAGAGGAGCGAGGGGAACGUGGCGACUCUCCGGCCGAGCUCAGGCCUCAUUUGGAGUCGGAACAGUCCAACAUGAACGACACCUGUCUCCAUAUUAGCUUCUCUGACGACGAGCUUUUAGAGAGCAGCCAGGAGCCGCCGCACGUCCCACAGAGAGGAUAA